GUUAUCAGGAGUGUCUAGUAGUUGUAGUCUCUGCAGCCGCGUGCGCAGCGUCGCAAUGUCAAUCACUUUCACAGCGCCUUGCUGAAGCGACAACCUCUGCCGGAACUCAGCCUAUCAAUCAUACAUGUGAAGAAUGAAUAAUGGGUUCUUUCGAAAAGGUUUUUUGGCUCCUAUGCUUGGCUGCAUCUCUUCAAGCAGGUGCCAUUGCUCAGAUUUUUAUUGAUGAAGAUGCUAAUGCAUUUUGGAUUCCUCCCUGGCACUUUUCAUUGUCCUGCAAUCUGUAUAAUGAGACCGAUGCAGGAAUAAAUCCCUCUCAGAGAAGUCUAGGCAACAUUAACAAGCAAACAAACAAGGAAAGUGCCAUGAACCCCCAUAAUACUGACCUAGUUGGAUCAGGCAUCAGGAAUGAAACUCGUUGCCAUCUUUGGAGUGACAUUAACAGUCAGAGAUCUCUUUGUGAUGACAAGGUUAUGGAAGUGUUCUGUUUGAACAUCCUGUGCUGGGUUGAUGGAAACCUGAGCCAUUUAACUUGUAAUCUGAUGCCAAGCAGCAGACCGCCAGGCACAAGCAUGUUAUCUGCAGUGAGGCUCCAUUAUGAAAUCUCAGACUCAUCUUCGGAGGGUUUGUCUAGGGGACACAGAGAAGCUGUUAUUCGUGCUGAUGAAAGCAGCUGUUCUGGGGAGGAAGCCCUGCAGUGUGUCAUACCUGGAAUCAACAUGAAUUACACCUACACCCUGCUCCUAUCAGUCACACAUCACCAGAGCCGUGUAGAGGCUCCAGCCAUGCGCGCCACUCCAGGAGACCUUGUGAAGCCUCACCCACCACGUAGCCUGCAGUACGAGAUGACUCCAGAGGGGGUGUCGAGGAUCAGCUGGAGAAGCCCAGAGCCAGCACCUUAUGAUCUGCAAUAUGAAGUUCGCUAUUCUGUAAAUGCUACUGAGAAAACCUGGACGAAUGUAGAAGGUGUCUUGGAAGCGUACGUGACUCCUGGUGAUUUGAAAGCUGGCUUGGAUUAUACCGCUCAGGCUCGCUGCAAGCGGGACAGGAGACCUGGUCUCUGGAGUAACUGGAGCGAACCCCUUUAUAUAACGGUGCAGGAAGUGACAUAUAUUCCUGCAACAGUGCUGACUACAGCUGGUUCGAAUGUAACUGUAUACUGCGUAUUUAAUAACCGGAGCCCGAGUGUAAAAAAGGUGGUGUGGUGGCUGAAUGCGUCCGAAAAAGUUCCUGAAAAGCUGUAUUCUGUCAUGAAUGACCAUGUGAGCAGGGUCACCCUGCCUAAUGUGAGUCCUUCAAAACCCAGAGGUUAUCACCUGUUACAGUGUUGCCGGCAAACAGGCGAAACAUCGGAUUGCAACUUCCGCUAUGCUCAAAUUUAUGUUGUAGAUGUCAACUUUCUGAUCUCUUGCGAAACCAAUGGAUACCAAACCAACAUGACUUGCAAAUGGAAUCCUAAUGGAGUACAGCUGCCCCAGGGAAGCAGUGUCCGGUUCAUGUAUCGCAUUAGGAAUGACAUCUCUUGUGAUGCCCUACAAGAUGACCUGCAUGGCGCUGAUGCAAAGGAGUGCCAGCUAGGAGUUCAUGACGAGUGCACAUUUCAACCCCUUUACCUGUAUUUUUGCCACAUAAUGUGGAUUGAGAUGCAAUACAAGCUGGUAACAGUGAGAUCUCACCCAGCGUACGUCACUCCAAUGGAUGUGGUAAAGCCAGAUCCUCCUUUCAGUGUAAAAGCAGAGAUCACUCAGACUGAAGGAUUCUUGAAUAUGAGCUGGGAGAGAAGAGAGCUGCCUGUCUAUGAUCUUCAGUUUGAGGUUCGCUACUCUGGAGAGGAGCAGGACAGGAAAUGGAAGACCCUUGGCAAUGUAUAUAAUGAACAGGCUUUGAUAGAAGUGGCGGAUCCCUGUGUUGUAUAUGUGGUUCAGGUCCGCUGUAAGAGACACAAUGGGACUGGACACUGGAGCACAUGGAGCAGCCCAGUGAACACCAGGGUUAAUGAUAUUAGGGCUCCAGCAAGGGGUCCAGAUUUCUGGAGAGUAAUCCACGAGGACACUGUGACCAAGCAAGCGAAUGUUACUUUGUUAUUGAAGCCUCUGAAUAUAAAAGAAGUCUUCUGUACUGUGAAGGGCUUCAGAGUCCAGCAUCAAACCUCCAGUGGCUCCACGUGGUCUGAUGACCUGAGCAGCGCCACUGCCUAUAGCUUUCCCUGGACAGAAGACUUUCACAGUGUGUCAGUCAUAGCCUUCAACUCCUUGGGAUCUUCAACGGAAAACUACAUUUUAAAUGUAUCAAGGCAUGUGAGAAAAAUACAGUGUGUUCAGUCUUUCCAUGCAUCCAUUGUAAACAGCAGUUGUGUGGCACUUUCAUGGAAACUCCUACCAGACAGCCCUCUUCCUGAGUCUUUCAUUAUUGAAUGGGAACGUCAAAAGAAAGAGGGGGGAGAGGAGGAGGAGGAGGAGGACAGCUUUAAAUGGGUGCGAGCUCCUUCAAACCAGACCACCAAAUAUUACUUAUCUGAUGCCUUUUUUGUACAUGAUGCGUACAGGUUUAUUCUGUACCCAAUAUUCCCAGAAGGGGAGGGAUGGCCAGAGACGUUUUACAUAAACAAUAAAGGUGACAAUGGGAGAAGCAGAGGAGAAGGAGCAGCCUACAUACUUCUUCUUAUAAUUGCUUUUCUAUCAGUUGUUCUGCUUGUGACGCUUGCAAUCUCCCAACACCAAAUGAAGAAGCUGGUUUGGAAAGAUGUGCCUAAUCCUAAUAAUUGCUCCUGGGCUCAAGGAGUAGACUUUAAAAAGGCAGAAACCAUUGGAAACCUCUUUAAGCACCACGAGAGGCUGACAUCUGGCCUGCUUCUCUUGGAAUCAGAAAGAAUUUCUGAAGCUGUAAUAGUUGAGAAAAUUAAACAAAGUGUGGAGGAGAAGGAGACCAGAGUUGCCUUGGAUGUCUCACUGAGUCAAUGUCAUGAACCGCAGCAGGAUUCCCCUCCUUCUGAGCAACACAGCCACACUGAAGAAGAGGAGAGGGAGCCGGUGGUCUACCGAGACAGUUCAGGAGAGCCCAAAAUAGAAUAUGCCACCAUCCUGCCCAGCGAUCUGUACAAACAGCAGAAAAGCAUCAGCAGCUCCUCCGACGAGGGGAACUUCUCCGCUAACAAUUCGGAUAUUUCUGGGUCCUUCCCCAACAAUCUGUGGGAGGUUGAAAAUCAGUCCUGCAUACACUUAGCACAGGUCAACCCGCGGAUGCUGCGCUCCUUUAAUUCUUCAGAGGGCUUUUCAGAAGCUUUUGAUGAUCAGGACGACAGUCUUCUCGAUGAACCGUGCCCCGAAAGAGACAUUUACUACCUGGGGCAGGUGUCGACCGAGGAGGAGGGGGAGAAGGAAAAGUUCUUGAAAGAGGAUGCACAGGUUCUGUGCCAGGACAGUAGAGAUGAAACAGGACAUGAAGCCAAUCCUUUAUUAAGCUGCCAUUCUCUGCUUCAAUUCAAGAUGAACCAAACAGAUUUACCACAGAAGAGUAGCAGAUUAUAUAUGCCCCAGUUUCGAGCAGUGUCUAAUACAAUUCCAAAAAUAACCAAAGCACAAAAAUAAUUAAAAAAAAGCUUGCCAAGAAGAUUUUAUUUGGUAAAUUCAAUUCAAAUCAAUUCAAAGGGACUUUAUUGGCAUGACUAACAUCGGCAGUAUUGCCAAAGCAUUUACAAAGUACAAUAAUAAUAAUAAUAAUAACAGUAACAAUAAUAAUUAUAAUAAUAAUAAAAAUACAGCAUUUAUAAACAUUAUUAUUAUUAUUAUUAUUAUUAUUAUUAUUAUUAUUAUUAUUAUUAUUAUUAUUAUUAUUAUUUAUUUCUUAGCAGACACCCUUAUCCAGGGCGACUUACAAUAAACAUGAACACAUUUAGAUACAAAUAGUAAAUAGAACAACACAAAGACACUGAAUUAAACAUUGAAACACUAAAUACUGAAUAACUCCCCUCCCUCCCCAGCAGUGCCCCCCCCCCCACCGUGCAGAGUGCUCACUGUGUGCCCCUCAGGCUGUGACAGGCGGCUACAUACUGGGCAGCCAGUGGGGCUGUGUGUCCCUCUACCAGUACGACUGUCAGUUUUUCUAGGUCCAUCGUGUUGGAAAUGUGAGAGAAUAGUAGGUAUCUGAAUAUAAGAAACUAUUUAUUUGUGUAUUUGUUUUUUUAAGUUGAGCUGGCAUGAUACAGUGCAAGAAUGCAACUAUUUUUAAAACAUAAAAGCAUUCUGUUUUGAUUCCAUGUAGCAUUCUGGCUUCUGGAAAACCAUCAAUAACUGUUCUCCAUUACUGGUGUUGUCUAUCAAGGCACAUAUACAAAACAUACCUCCCAGCCUACUCAGCAGUUAAUGCUCUUGAUACAUUAUGAAUACACAGUCACUGUACUUGGCCAGCUAUUCUAAAAUCUUCAUCUUUGUAUUUUUCUCAAAGCAGAUAGUUAACUGGCAAUACCAUUUUUAGCAUGCUGUUAUUGACCAGCUGUUCUGCAAAAAAUGGUGAAAAAUGUUUAUCUGUAUUUGCAAAACAACAAAUGAAUUUCUAUUUUUCUGUUGUGUGUUCCAGUAUCUGUAAAAUCCUGUGUUACAGUAUGUAAGGUUUGUGCCAAACUAUUUUCUCAGUGUGCUAUUUUUCUAAUCACAGCAGGAGAUGAUUGUGUCAAAACUUUGAAAAGGCAUAACUUUGUAAUUGUGAUUUUACACAGUGCCUACAGUGAGAACAGUGUAACUACAAAACUGCUUGCAUAUCAAGAUUGGAUUCCCUAUAUUUUUGUGGUUAAAAUAAAGUAUUUAUUGUCAAAGUUGCUGCUGUUGUUUUCUUCGAUGGAACUUGUAAAGAAGUUAUGUCCAUUUAGACAAAUGUUCUUUGUACUAACUGAGGCAAUUGACU